AUACAUCCCUCCUCCCAACAUACUGUACACCACCCCUCCCUUCGACAAGAACCUCCUCUUCUUGCAACGUCGCUCACGCCCUGCAACAUCAAAUUCAUCCCUUCCUCCUAUGUCCCUCCCUGCAACAACCCAUCCCAUCCCUCCCUACAUCCCUCCCUCUAACAUCCCUUUCCACUCGCCUCCCCCCCCCCCCGACUGCCCCUCACUGCGUCCCUCCCAAGCACCACUCCUCCCUCCCCUGGGCUUGUGCGCGCCUGCAACUGCCCGAUUCAUGCCUUCAUGUGGCACCACGAGCACGCGAGCCAGGCAGAGGGGGGCAACGCGCAGCCAGAAGCGCCGCUAUGCCAUUGUGCGCCCGUCAGACUAUUGGUUAAUGCUAAUCAUUAAUCCGCAUUAAGUGCUGUAAUGCUAUCCACCGCCGCCGCUGAUGCUGCUAAGGAAUAGUAACAGUAAAUCAUAUCAUUUAUUUUGUGCGUUAUUAUUUCCUGCUCGCCGCAAGCUCGGGUAAAAAAAAAAAAUUGCCACCAGGAAGGAAUAUUGUCGGCUUGGUAUUGCGGUGCGGUGUAGCGUAGCCCCUGCUGUAUGUUUCUCUCUCUCUCGCACGCACGCACGCAAAUUCUAAGUGGCACACGUAUUUUGUGUCCGCACUGGUACACGCGCACGCGCGCACGCACGCACACGCACAGACGUGGACCGCAGGGCAGAAGUCGCCAGAAGAUCAUCGUCAGCGCCGGACAUCAACAGACGAAGGAAGGAGGGCAGGAAUUAUGUCGGCACCUCUAAUCAUCGUCAUGGGUCUCCUGGCUGCGUACACCGGAUACUACCUGGCCUCAGUUGCCAAGAAACCAGUGCUGGAGGCCUCCAUUGGUUUCCGUGCCUUCCUGGAGGCGCACUGCCCGGUUAUAAGCGAGCCCUUCCUACCCACCGCGUGGUGCUGCAGCGGACGCAUCCAGAGCGUGCUGCGCUUCCUACUCAAGUCCCGCCCGCCCAUCCACUACCGCACGGAGGUGCUGGCGACGCCCGACGGAGGGCAGCUCUCCCUCGAGUGGCUGGUCGACGAGGACGGCGACAGCGAAGGCGGCGGCGGCGGCGGCGGCGGCGGCAGCGAGCGGCGGCGGCGGCAGCGGUGGCAGCCGGCGGGAGGCGAGGUGGCCCGGCCCACGGUACUGCUGCUGCCGGGCCUGACCAGCAACAGCCGGGAGAACUACGUGCUGCAUCUCGUGCAGCAGACGGCCGAUCUGGGAUACCGGUGUGCGGUGUUCAACUACCGCGGCUGUGGUGAGGAGGAAUUACUGACGCCGCGCAUGUACAGCGCCGCCAACACCGAAGACCUGGAGCUGGUGGUGUUGCACAUCCGCGCCCUGUACCCGGACAGCGCCCUGCUCGCCGUCGGCAUGUCCAUGGGAGGGAUGAUGCUGCUGAACUACCUGGCGGCGAUGGGGCGGCGCGCGGGCGUGGAGGCCGCGCUCACCGUCUCCGUGCCGUGGGACGCCUUCACGUCGACCGCGUCGCUCGAGACGCCGCUCAACAGCGUGCUCUUCAACCGCGUGCUCACGCACCUGCUCACCAGCGCUGUGCACAGGCACCGGGAGGUCCUGAAGAAGAGGUACGACGUGGAGCACAUCAUGAAGUCUCGCUCGCUGUGGGAGUACGACGAGCGGCUCAUCUCCAUCAUGUUCGGCUACAGCUCGGUGCGCAGCUACUACCACGACGCAAGCCCCUGCCACAAGCUGCCCGCAGUGCGAGUGCCCGUGCUGUGCCUCAACGCCGCCGACGACCCCCUGUCCCCGGCCAGCGCGUUCCCGCUGGAGAGCGUGCGCGCCAACCCGUACGUGGCCCUGCUGGUGACUGCGAGGGGCGGCCACCUGGCGUUCCUCGAGGGGCUGGUGCCGCGCGCCACCAGCUACAUGGACCGGCUGUACCAGCAGUUUGCGCGCGCCGUGCUCGGCGUGGCACGCGGCUCCCUGGAGAAGCAGCUGCACCUGCCGCUGCUGUAGCGGCAGAAGGUGCGGGCAGCCGCGGCGGCAGCGUCGGCGACAGUCGCGUCAUCGAGCGUAGUAUCGCCGCAACGGUAUAAACGGCAUAGCUGUGCGCGUCGGCAACAGAAUACAAUCAGUGUGACGCGUGGAGCGGCGUGGCGGCAACGCUUGUGCCGGCGAGGCGAGCGGGCACCGGGUUCGAUUUCUGACGCGGUCGCCUUUCCGUGUGGAGUUUCUACGUACGUGGAGUUUCUACGUACGAGGAGUUUCUACGUACGAGGAGUUUCUACGUACGUGGAGUUUCUACGUAUGUGGAGUUUCUACUUAUGUGGAGUUUCUACUUAUGUGGAGUUUCUACGUAUGUGGAGUUUCUACGUACGAGGAGUUUCUACGUACGUGGAGUUUCUACGUACGUGGAGUUUCUACGUAUGUGGAGUUUCUACGUACGUGGAGUUUCUACGUAUGUGGAGUUUCUACGUAUGAGGAGUUUCUACGUACGUGGAGUUUCUACUUAUGUGGAGUUUCUACGUAUGUGGAGUUUCUACGUACGUGGAGUUUCUACUUAUGUGGAGUUUCUACGUAUGUGGAGUUUCUACUUAUGUGGAGUUUCUACGUAUGUGGAGUUUCUACGUACGUGGAGUUUCUACGUACGUGGAGUUUCUACGUAUGUGGAGUUUCUACUUAUGUGGAGUUUCUACGUAUGUGGAGUUUCUACGUACGUGGAGUUUCUAUGUACGAGGAGUUUCUACGUAUGUGGAGUUUCUACGUACGAGGAGUUUCUACGUAUGAGGAGUUUCUACAUAUGAGGAGUUUCUACGUGAGGAGUUUCUACUUACGUGGAGUUUCUACGUACGAGGAGUUUCUAAGUACGAGGAGUUUCUACGUACGAGGAGUUUCUACGUACGUGGAGUUUCUACGUAUGUGGAGUUUCUACGUAUGUGGAGUUUCUACGUACGUGGAGUUUCUACGUAUGUGGAGUUUCUACGUAUGAGGAAUUUCUACGUACGAGGAGUUUCUACGUAUGAGGAGUUUCUACGUACGAGGAGUUUCUACGUAUGAGGAGUUUCUACGUACGAGGAGUUUCUACGUAUGAGGAGUUUCUACGUACGUGGAGUUUCUACGUACGAGGAGUUUCUAUGUAUGUGGAGUUUCUACGUACGAGGAGUUUCUACGUAUGAGGAGUUUCUACAUAUGAGGAGUUUCUACGUACGUGGAGUUUCUACGUACGAGGAGUUUCUACGUACGUGGAGUUUCUACGUAUGAGGAGUUUCUACGUACGAGGAGUUUCUACGUAUGAGGAGUUUCUACGUAUGUGGAGUUUCUACGUACGAGGAGUUUCUACGUACGAGGAGUUUCUACGUAUGUGGAGUUUCUACGUACGUGGAGUUUCUACGUACGAGGAGUUUCUACGUACGAGGAGUUUCUACGUAUGUGGAGUUUCUACGUACGUGGAGUUUCUACGUAUGUGGAGUUUCUACGUAUGUGGAGUUUCUAAGUACGAGGAAUUUCUACGUACGAGGAGUUUCUACGUAUGUGGAGUUUCUACAUACGUGGAGUUCUACGUAUGUGGAGUUUCUACGUACGUGGAGUUUCUACGUAUGAGGAGUUUCUACAUAUGAGGAGUUUCUACGUACGUGGAGUUUCUACGUAUGAGGAGUUUCUACGUACGUGGAGUUUCUACGUAUGAGGAGUUUCUACGUACGAGGAGUUUCUACGUACGAGGAGUUUCUACGUACGAGGAGUUUCUACGUAUGUGGAGUUUCUACGUAUGUGGAGUUUCUAAGUACGAGGAAUUUCUACGUACGAGGAGUUUCUACGUAUGUGGAGUUUCUACGUACGUGGAGUUUCUACGUACGAGGAGUUUCUACGUACGAGGAGUUUCUACGUAUGAGGAGUUUCUACGUACGUGGAGUUUCUACGUACGUGGAGUUUCUACGUAUGUGGAGUUUCUACGUACGUGGAGUUUCUACGUAUGUGGAGUUUCUACGUACGUGGAGUUUCUAUGUAUGUGGAGUUUCUACGUACGUGGAGUUUCUAUGUAUGAGGAGUUUCUACGUACGAGGAGUUUCUAUGUAUGAGGAGUUUCUACGUACGUGGAGUUUCUGCAUAUGAGGAGUUUCUACGUACGAGGAGUUUCUACGUAUGAGGAGUUUCUACGUACGUGGAGUUUCUAUGUACGAGGAGUUUCUACGUAUGUGGAGUUUCUACGUACGUGGAGUUUCUACGUACGUGGAGUUUCUACGUAUGAGGAGUUUCUACGUGCGAGGAGUUUCUACGUACGAUGAGUUUCUACGUACGUGGAGUUUCUAUGUAUGAGGAGUUUCUACGUAUGUGGAGUUUCUACGUACGUGGAGUUUCUACGUACGUGAAGUUUCUACGUAUGAGGAGUUCUACGUAUGAGGAGUUUCUACGUAUGUGGAGUUUCUACGUACGAGGAGUUUCUACGUAUGUGGAGUUUCUACGUAUGAGGAGUUCUACGUAUGAGGAGUUUCUACGUAUGUGGAGUUUCUACGUACGUGGAGUUUCUACGUGUGUGGAGUUUCUACGUAUGUGGAGUUUCUACGUAUGAGGAGUUUCUACGUAUGUGGAGUUUCUACGUACGUGGAGUUUCUACAUAUGAGGAGUUUCUACGUAUGUUCUCCCCCCUGUUCUGCAUGGGUUUUCCUUUGGGUUCUCCGGUUUCCCCUCCGUUAGCUCAAAACACAAACACACAGAGAACGUAAUUGGUACUGGUUAAACAUUCCCCAAUGCUGAAAUAGUUACGCGCAAAUGACUCAAUUGGCAUUACACGUGGCAGAAUUGCCCCGUGCUGCGGAAACUUGGCAGAACCUUCCUACAAAAGGGUCUUGAGACUCGCUAAUAAUAAUAAUAAUAACGUGGUAAAUCGACACAAUAUCGCCAGCAUAACCACGCCUGCCACUGACACAAUGCUUAGCAACAUAACAUAACGAUGUCUACCGUUGACACAAAGCUGUCGCUCUUAGCCACGCUUGUCACCGACACUAAGCUUUAGAACUUAACUGAGUUAAUCACCGAGGCCGAGCUGCCGGCUGGAGGUGUAACCAACAACCUAUCCCCCACCCCCACACACCGGUGCGAUUAAGGGCUGCGAUAAGCAAAAGACAAAAUCACAUUAAUAAACGAAUUAUACUUUAACAUUGCAGUGGAUGUAGCAGCCGCUUUUGGCUGCAGGGUUCCGCGAACCCAUUACGUAAGGCGUAUGAAUAUAUAAGCACUGAGACUUAAGCGCGCCAUUCGCAUGUGUCAUCAGCUUAGGAAUCGAUAUGAAUCGAUGCACCGUUACACACAUCAAAUCUACUUAUCCUAUCGUCAAUCGCAUGCUCUCAACAGAACCGUUCUGAAACGAUCACCCUGGUUGUACCAAUUGAAUGUUUACAAUCAAACAUAUCUACGUACACCGUUAAUCAUCAUCAUCAUCAUCAUAAUAUACCACGUGAAAGUUGAAGCAGAGCCAUUGUUCCCAUAGACAUAAUUCCAUCAUGCCACCCGUUGCUAUUAACUUUAUAAUCAUCACUCGGCUGCCCGAUCAUCGUUACCGUCAGCCAUCGGUGAAAUAUUGGAAAACCUUCAGCACGCAGCGUGUCAAUAAAAUGCUGGGUAUAUUCGCUUGGCGAACCCCUGUGAUGUAGCACUCUGGAGGCGCGGCAUGGUGGGUCACACACGGGCAUGGAACUCCAAAGCCCACUGGGCUGCAAGGUGGUCAGUAGGUGGCAGGACAGAGGGAGCGGGUUCGUGAACUGGUCCGUCCCAGCGUUAUCCCCCCCUCGUGUGAGCGGGCUUUCUCCCGGUAAUCUGGUCGGCUCCCACGCGCCUCCUACACCGGUUCACGAGUUAGUUGACCAAAACGACGUCGAUGUCUCAAUGUGUUUUGGCAAACGGAGUGAAGAGCCUUGAGAUUCGUUGAGAUUUGCCUCGGCAAACAAAUUGCGUUGAGGAAAUGUCAACCAAAAAUGUACAAAAAUGCAUGACGGAAAAAUAACAACCCACAAAUAACAGAUACCGUCACGCCGCCAUUUCUCUCACCGGCGUGAAAAAGAAACAUUACCACCGUCAAUGCACCUCCGACUGGCACGGUUGACUACGUACGGUGCGAAAGAAGUUCAACAUACACACGUACAACAUAUGCGUGACAUGAAUACUAAUACAUUGAACAGCAAUAUCAACGCCAUAUGUAUAUUGUCAAUGCACACGCGCUCGCUAGCGUCGCGAUUGCUACCGUCUACAUCACCACUAUGUUUACCCCCACCGUCAGUGGUGGCUGUUUACUCCGUCAAGAGUUCAAAUGUUGUCUCGACACGAGCGCGGAUUGAAGCAAUUUCAAGCGGUCCAUUUGCUCUCUCUGUGGAUGAGCCCCAUUAACGAUGAACAAAUGAUAUCUACGGCGGCAUCAAUCGCCGGUAACGCACUGAGUUUCUGACAUAGACACGUUGAUCUGUGCGACACGAAGAGUGAAUCGGAGCUGACCCCGUGAGACUAUACAGCCCAGUUGAGUGGGAGUCUGACAGCUAAUAGGAUCCAUGUGUGUCUAUAGUAGAGAUAUAUAGUAAUUCAAACGCUUCAGCGCAAGGGGCUCCAUCGUGAAGUUGGGGUGUUUUGAGUGCGUUCUUGACAUCGGUGUGGCACCGCCGCGUAGGUCUGGCGGGAAUUUUGACGUAAGACUUCACAGUCACAUGAACGCAGCGAUUAAUUAUCAACCUUCGGUGGUGUGUGGCAGUGGCCUCCAAAGCCAUGGCCAUCGGUCCCUGCUCCCCCCAGCCUCCGUCACUACCCCGCCACCCCCCGACGACCCCCCCAUACCCCAAGUUUCAAGAUGAUUUUGUUGAACCAGGUGAGAACUCAAGGGACCAGGGUAGAGUCUCAUUUUGCCAGGGUGACCUGGAUCGUGACCAAAAUGACAAAAGCAAAGGGCAGAAAUUAAGUGACGCAACCAAAAAAAAAACACCUCUCAAACGAGGAAAUGGAUCGGAAAUAUAUGCAAACGUAAAUCAAAUGUUAAUCAAAGCUAAACAUUUAAUUCCCUGCAGUGCAAAUCGGCACUGCCAAGGCCCCAAUACGCGGAGAGAUUACAUGUCCACGCCUCCAGUGAACGCGGUGUUGGCAAGGCAUGUGUUUCAUGCUGUGUAUCAGUGUGUUCGUAAGGUGUUUGUUUCGUGCCGUGUAUCGGUGUGUUUUGUGUUCGUAAGGUGAUUGUUUCACCCCGUGCGUCAGUGUGUUCUGCCGCCGUAACGUCGGGCUGACGUUCCCUAGUGCACAUUCCAUUAUUUCUCCUGCACGAAAUCCAUGCUGCUGCCUACCUGGGGAGAGCAGGUGGGUGGUGGGGGGUACUUCAUAGGUUGACGCCCGCUGCACUAACGAACGCUCGGAAUGCGUGUUGCUGUCUCAAUUUUGCUUAUUUUAGAGCGAGGAAGAUCUCAACUAAAAUCUGACCAAAAUCAGUCCCGCACAGCCGCUGCGUUGGUGUUGAUGGUUUGAGAGGCUCGACUUUAAAUGGGACCUGAUGGACCGUGGGCCAGUGUGGCCAGUGUGAACGUGCCCUCGCGGUUUCCCCUAUGCAAACCGGGCCGGAGUUGGAUUAAUGUGGCCAGUGCGGAGGGCCAGGUGCAGAAAUCGGUACCUGACGCGGCAAAACUUCAGUUCGUACCGAUUUAUUUAUACGGCUACUGCGGACGAAUUGUACGACAACCCCGCUCAAUUGCAAACGGAUGUCGCGUCGUUCACAGUCUGUUGGCCGCAUAAACACAUCGCAAGCAUGAGAGUGGGGCCACCUCGGGUGGUAGCAUUCGGCGAGACAUCUACUCCGGCCCCGUGGCCUACUGUCGCGUGUCGCACGUUCGUAGUUGCGCUCUGUGGUUCGAGGACUUGGAAAACAGUGACCAAUUGAAAUGUUAUUUGUGCUCAAACGCUGUUUGUCAUAUAUAUGUAUGUGUGUGGAACAAAAAAAAAUCUGUAUAUACCGUAUUUUCUGGAUUAUAAGACGCUAACUUUUUUUACCUGCAUUUUAAAGCAACAGUUGGGGGGUUGUGUCUUGUAAAUCUGGUAACUGUGCGUAACCAUAUUUGUGUAACUCUCUUGAGACCGGGCACAAGUUUGAGGUGCGCCUGAAGUUCCGCAGCGUCUUAUAAUCUGGAGAAUACGGUAAUAUUAUAACUGUCCACAGAAUGGCGCGACACUUAAAAGAUAAUAAUGCAACUCAAGAGAUUCAGGAAAUAACACAUGCAACACAGCUGCCAGUAGAAAUACGAUUUUUUGUAAUAUCCUAUAUAUUU